GGCAUCUGUCAGAGAGAGAAUGACACGAUAACAUCAAUUUAUUUUAGCCAAUUUGGUGGAAUCGGACUAUUUAAUUAAGAGCAAUCGAUCUUCUUCAAGAGAAAGAGGAUAGUUGUGGCGAUAUGAACGGGGUGCUACACCAGAUUUGAAGUUUGUGUAUCUUAUUUGUUUGUUGUUUAUAGAGAAGCUAAAGAGGUGACUCACAUUUUAACCAAUUAAGCAUUGUUAUCUAAAACUGCUACUACUCUAUUAUGUUAGUCAAGCUUUUCCAUUUGAUGAGUUUUUUCCUACGCAGUAGGUACAAUCCCAAAAAGCUGUCUAGGUACAAUACGUCUAACCUAUUCGAAUAUUCAGUUGUGUGGUAGAAAAUUGCUAACAUCAAUUUAUUCUGUAUAAAUAUAUAGAAAUAAAUAAGUCCAAAAUUACCUUCAUGCACAGUCACUUGUAAAAAAAUAAAAUUAGAAAUAACAGCUCACGGGCUUCAAUUCGGAGAAUGGAUAUCAACAGUUUUUAUUCGUUUUUUUUUCCCAUAUUAUAAAUUCCAAGCAUCCAACCUAGCUAAAUUCUCUCACUCUCUCUCUCCAAUGGCUGCUACCUCCAUCUUCUUCCUAAUACUUAUCAUCACUCUCUCACAAUCCCCGAUCCAAACGACAUGCAACCCCAUCAAAACAGUCGUCGUUCUAGUCAUGGAGAAUCGGUCUUUCGACCACAUGCUGGGAUGGAUGAAACGGCUUAACCCCGAAAUCAACGGUGUAGAUGGAUCCGAGUCCAAUCCAAUAACCCCGUCUGACCCGAACUCCAAACGGGUCUUCUUCCAGAAUCAAUCCCACUACGUGGACCCGGAUCCGGGCCACUCAUUCCAAGCCAUACGCCAGCAGAUAUUCGGCUCCGAUAACGAGAGCUCCACCGAGCCGCCUCCAAUGAAUGGAUUCGCCCAACAAGCUUUCGCCAUGGACAACACCACCGCUACGGCUCAGGCCGUCAUGAAUGGCUUCGACCCGGAUAUGGUUCCCGUCUAUAAAGCUCUAGUCUCUGAGUUCGCCGUCUUUGAUAGGUGGUUCGCGUCUGUGCCUUCAUCAACUCAGCCGAACCGUCUAUAUGUACACUCGGGAACUUCCGCCGGAGCAACGAGCAACAUCCCAGCGAUGCUGGCCAAGGGCUAUCCUCAGCGAACUAUCUUCGAGAAUCUGGACGACGCAGGAAUAUCCUUUGGAAUUUACUACCAAAACAUCCCAGCCACUCUGUUUUACCGUAACUUGAGGAAACUUAAGUAUUGGGGCAAGUUCCACUCGUACGGGAGUUCCUUUAAAAGUGACGCCAGCAAAGGGAAGCUCCCGGGCUACGUUGUGGUGGAGCAGCGGUACACGGAUACAAAAUCUUCCCCAGCCAAUGAUGACCACCCUUCCCAUGAUGUCUACCAAGGUCAGAUGUUCGUGAAGGAGGUGUACGAGACUCUCAGGGCCAGUCCACAGUGGAACCAAACCCUAUUGAUUAUUACUUACGACGAGCAUGGUGGUUUCUUUGAUCACGUGCCCACACCCGUUAUCGGGGUCCCUAGCCCUGACGACAUUGUGGGGCCCGAACCAUUUUCGUUUCGGUUUAAUCGGUUGGGGGUUAGAGUUCCUACUAUUAUGGUCUCCCCGUGGAUUGAGAAGGGAACCGUUGUUCAUGGAACAAACGGGUUGCCAUACCCAACGUCAGAGUUUGAACAUUCGUCAAUUCCGGCUACGGUUAAGAAGAUUUUCAAUCUUCCCUCACCUUUUUUAACGAAGAGGGAUGAAUGGGCAGGAACGUUUGAAGGCAUUGUUGAAAAGAGGACAGAACCAAGAACAGAUUGCCCAGGUAUACUACCAACUCCGGUGAGAAUAAGGAAGACAGAGGCUAAUGAAGAAGCGAAACUAAGUGAGUUUCAGCAGGAGCUGCUGCAGCUUGCCUCUGUUUUGAAUGGAGAUAACAUAUUGACAAGCUUCCCAGAAAAAAUUGGGAAGCAAAUGAGUGUGAAGGAAGGGAAAGAGUACAUGGAAGAAGCUGUCAAACGUUUCUUUGAGGCCGGACGUUAUGCCAAGAGAAUGGGAGUUGAUGAAGAACAGAUUGUGCAGAUGAGGCCUUCCCUCACCACUAGAUCAUCAUCAUCCAAUAUCCCUGAUGAGAAACCAUGACACAAAAAAAAUAUAUAUGUAGUAUUAAGAUUAUAUUUAUAUAAAAAUUAAGAAUUCCGAUCCUAGAGGUGAGCAAAAGUUGUAAUUAAAGAAGCUUUGCAAAGUUGUCGAUUCAUUAUGUACGCACAAUAAAAAGAUGAAUGUCAACAAAUCAUAUGGAUAAUUUUUAUGCUUCUUUGCUACCUAAUUUGGGAUGAAAGUUGUGUGGAUCAAUGUAAAAAAUAAGGGGUUUUUACAAAAA